UCUCCUAAAUUCCAAUCCCAACCCCAAACCAAACGAAAUUCCCGAUCGCACACUAUCUCUCUCCAAUGGAGUUUCACUGCAGAAACUUCGUCAUCUCUCUUCUCCUCCUCCUGUCUCUCUCAUUCCCGCCUUCUAUCUCCUACAAGUUCUUCUCUCCGGUCGACAACCACCUCGUAAACUGCGGCUCCGCCGAGGAUACUACCGUCGACAAUCGCCGAUACUCCGGCGACUGGUCUAAUCGUAAAUUACCAUUCUGCCCCUCGGAUCUUUCCGUUGCCCUCAGAAAUGAGAACCCUUCCGCCGGUUCCUCCCAACUAUACGACACGGCUAGGGUUUUCAAGAAGCCUUCGGAGUACAAAUUCGAUAUCAGAGAGAAAGGGAUCCACAUGGUACGCCUCCAUUUUCAAAACCUUAAUUCCUCACAAUUCGAUUUCGGUAACGCCCAAUUUCACGUUUUGGUUAAUAAAUACGUCGUUUUGAGCAACUUUAAUGGCGGUAAUUCAGUGGGAACCCCUUUGGUCAAGGAAUACCUGAUUCGAGUCGAUUCCGAAACACUUUUAAUUAGGUUUUUUCCCACUGAAUCUUCAAAAUUCGCGUUCGUGAACGCGAUCGAGGUGAUUUCUGCUCCCAAAGACCUCGUCCCUAAUAAUUCCCUGUGCCUAAACUCUAACGAAACCAUGAAUUUCAAUGGCUGGUCAAACCAAGCUCUCGAAGUCGUAUACAGAGUCAACGUCGGAGGUCCUAAGGUGACACCAUUUAACGACACUCUUUGGAGAACUUGGGUUGUCGAUGAUGAGUAUUUGGAGUCGAGUUCCGGAUCGGAGAGGGUGUAUUUCGGUGGCCGAAUCAAGUACCAAGCUGGGUUUGCAAGCCGCGAAAUUGGACCUGAUAACGUGUACAAGAGCGCGAGGUUGAUUCGGAGUAACGGUUCGAUCCCGAAUCAUAACAUUACUUGGGUUUUUCCGGUGGCUGGAGAAGGUUACAACUACCUUGUCCGAUUGCAUUUCUGUGAUAUUGCUAGUAUCUCACUUGAGUUGCUCUUCUUCAAUGUUUACGUGAAUGGAAAAUUGGCAUUGGAGAACUUGGAUUUAUCAAGUGCUACAAACGAAAUGCUGGCUUCUCCGUACUAUGCAGACAUUGUUGUUGCUGAUUCAGAUAUUUCUGGUGCUUUGAAUGUGAGUGUUGGACCUUCAAAGGACAGCAUGCCGUAUGUCAUUGAUGGUAUUCUUAAUGGGGUUGAGAUCUUGAAGCUGAGUAACUCGAUGGGCAGUUUUGAUGGUCCUGAUUCUGCUGAUGUUGUUUUGAGACUUUGGCCAGGGAGAACUGGUCUUCUGAUACCUAUGGUUGCUGCUGUGUUAUUGGUUUUGAGUUUAUCUAUUGUUUUGCGUAGAAAGAUUACUGAGACAAAGGAGGCUCUUGGGUGGUCGAAAUUGCCUGUGAAUGUCUCAGAAUUUGAUGCCAAACUUGGCGUUUAAACCAGCAGCAGAAGGGUUUACAUGGAAAGUAAAAAAUUUGUGGCAGAACGUGCCAAAGAUAAAGAACUUACCUGAGGAGCAAGACAGUUGUCUAUUAAUUAGUUUGUAGUGUUUACUCGAUUGGAAUUUGGAGCUUUAGUUUUGUUUUGUUUUGUUUUCGUAAGUUUAUACUAGAAUUAUGGGCAACUGUGUAAUGACUUUUGUGCAAAAAUGCAAAUGUAUAAUGUGUAUGCUGUCGUCUGUGUACAUAUAUUUUGUAAGAAGUAUUUGGUUUAGCUUUGA